AUGUUACCCCUUUUGCUCUGCAUAGUCCCUUACUGUUGGAGCAGUCGCUUGGACCCUCGCGCAAGUUCGUUCGAUUACAAUGGCGAAAAGGUCCGCGGUGUCAACCUGGGUGGAUGGCUUGUGCUUGAGCCUUGGAUUACACCUUCAAUUUUCGAUGCCGCUGGUGCCGAGGCCGUCGACGAGUGGUCAUUGACUAAGAUUCUGGGCAAGGAAGAGGCUGAAGCCCGCUUGUCCGCUCACUGGAAGUCUUUCGUCUCUGCGGGCGAUUUCCAGCGAAUGGCUGAUGCCGGACUGAACCACGUCCGAAUCCCCAUUGGCUACUGGGCUCUUGGACCCCUCGAAGGAGACCCUUACGUCGAUGGUCAGCUAGAAUACCUUGACAAGGCGGUAGAAUGGGCUGGAGCGGCGGGCCUCAAAGUUCUGAUCGACCUUCACGGUGCACCGGGAUCUCAGAAUGGAUUCGACAACAGCGGUCGGAGAGGAGCCAUCCAAUGGCAACAAGGGGACACUGUUGAGCAGACCCUUGAUGCCUUCGACCUGCUGGCCGAGCGGUACCUUGGCUCCGACACCGUGGCUGCCAUCGAAGCUAUCAACGAGCCCAACAUUCCUGGUGGAGUAGACCAGGGCAAGCUGCAAGAGUACUACGGUUCCGUCUAUGGCAUCGUCAACAAGUACAACGCUGGCACAUCUGUGGUAUACGGAGAUGGUUUUCUGCCCGUAGAGAGCUGGAACGGCUUCAAGACCGAGGGCAGCAAGGUCGUGAUGGACACUCACCAUUACCAUAUGUUUGACAACGGACUCAUUGCCAUGGAUAUCGACAGCCACAUCGAUGCCGUCUGCCAGUUCGCUCACCAGCACCUGGAAGCAUCUGACAAGCCUGUUAUUGUGGGUGAGUGGACCGGUGCCGUGACUGACUGUGCCAAAUACCUCAAUGGCAAGGGCAACGGCGCUCGCUAUGACGGUUCCUACGCCGCUGAUAAGGCUAUUGGUGACUGCUCCAGCCUGGCUACUGGUUUUGUGUCCAAACUCUCUGACGAAGAGCGAUCGGACAUGCGCCGCUUCAUUGAGGCUCAGCUAGACGCCUUUGAACUCAAGAGCGGCUGGGUGUUCUGGACCUGGAAGACUGAGGGUGCCCCUGGCUGGGACAUGAGUGAUUUGCUCGAAGCUGGUGUCUUCCCUACUUCUCCUGAUGACCGGGAGUUCCCUAAGCAGUGCUAA